AGCUAUUGCAUGUGCAGGUGAUCGUGCAUUUUUGUUCCUUUAACCCAAAGUUGGCGGUCCAACCGCUGCGAUUAGUCUGGUCAGCUCCGACGAACAUGGAUCCAAGUAGCCCCGUCGCUGCGGCACCUCCGCGCGACCACCACGAACAAACCCCAAAGACGAGCCUUCGACAUAUUUUGGCCUCGGAGCCCGACAUGGAGGAAGGCAAACCUUCUGCCUCUCGUCGCAAUUCCCCCGGACCGGAAGGCAGCGCGGCAGCGCACGAUGACAUGACCAAGGAUGACGUCGAGACGCAGCCCUCGUACAGGGCCACUACCACCACCACACGGCGCAAUGCGAACGGAACCGUGUCGUCUGUGUAUGCGGGAAACAAAAUCAGGCAUUUGAAGAAGGACGACGGUAUACCGCUGUGGCGGAAGGACAUUCAAUACGACUUCCUCCGAUAUGUAUUCGAAGACGACAAACGCGUAUUUCACAAGGUCACGGACGGACCUGGCGGAGAGCUGCACACGUUUGCGGAUAUCUAUCUGGAUGCUAUGGCGAAUAGCAGCAAGUGCAGUAAGAUCUUGAAAGACAAGCUACUUAGCGAGCGGCCCGCAGCAGUCAACAUGGCCAUGGUGUGCCUGCUGGUCAACGUGGGGAGAAUGAACACUACGCUCAAUUUCUUCCCUGAGAUGCGCGCCCAGCUCCGAACAUACCACUCGAUCCCAUCCUUGCAAGCACACCAAGAUCCAAACGCGUACAAGCAGCUGCAGGAUGCUCCUAGGCUGAAGUCAAUCUUGAAGGGAGCAUCGGAAGACGUAGAGCAGCCUAACACGAUCGAGGACAUCAAGAAGGCCGCAAUCCCGCGUACCAAUCCUGUCAACCUCAUCUUCGUCCUCUCGCAGUAUGCUCCCAAGAUCUCCGAGAUUCAUUUCUUCCCUCCCCGCGAUUUCUUCGACCUUGUGAUGCGCCCCAGUCUCAGUAGCCGAAGCCGAGCGACCGCCUUCUUAUGGCUGAUGUGGUGGUAUCUCGAGAGCAACUUCACCAAAGAAGAUGCAUUGAACAAUCCAUUUGGGCCUGGACAGUAUGCCGACCCUAGCGAUUCGGAAUCGGGCGCCGUACCUGUCAAGUGCCCGCCCUUUGAGAUUCUCACGCCCGAGCAGGAAGCGUUGGAGAAUGUGGAUACGCCUGACGAGAAGAAUUUUGGCGAGGAGAAGAGGAAGGAAAGAAUCGCUAUCUUACAGAGCGAUAUGGCUCCUGUAGUUACUGGACCGAAACGGUCCGGUAAGAGAGGCUUCACGCAGAACCCUGUGUUUUCUGUGUUGGCAGACGAUGGAGCAACUACUCCUGGCAAAGAUAGACAGUCACCAUCCCAUGGAUCUGCACGAGGUCGGGGCAAGCUCGCAAAAUCAAUCCUUGAGAGAGACUAUCCUUCAGAUACUGACCGUACACGUUCAGCCUCACCACCGGGAAGCGUCAUUGGGACCGCUAAGAAAGGUACCCCCAACAUGCGCAUAAACACCCUCAUCAACGACGGAGCCACGACCCUAACCCCGGCCCCCAAAGGGCCCGGGCGAGGCAACUGGUCGCGCAAACCGGGCGGCAGUGCCCGCGGCGCAAAAACCCGACUCGACGUCCAAGGCACCUCUCAGGAAGGCCAAUCUCCGUUAACAUCGACAGUACCCCCAGUAUCCACCUACACGGGCCCCCACGGCUUCUACCUGCCCCUCAACGGCUCCGACCCCAGCCACAAACGUACGAGACCGCUCACGGCGCACCAACUCGCCGUCGAGCAAUUCCGCCGCCGGCGCGUAGACGUCAUCCUCGACCGCGGCCUUCGCGCAGAGUACGAACGGGCGCGUAAACGGCGGCGCGGGGAAUCGUCCUUCUUGCGCUCGUGGGUACGAUGUAAAGGCAUGACGGACGGGUACGACACGGACGAGGAAAGCAACAUCCAAGCGCUGCAGCAGGCGGACAUCGAGCAUGGGAGUAAACAGCCUCCGCCGAUGUUUGCGGGCUUGUUGCCUCUGAAUUAUGGAGGCGAGGUGAAUGAUUAUGGGGAGGAGGCUUAUUGGCGGCGGAAGAUGAUCUCGAGGGUGGUGAGGAGGGAUGGAUGAGGAAGAGGAUGAGGACGAGGAAAUGUACGAUGGGCAUUCGUUGCCGCCGCUUUCGACCGUGGUGUAGCGUUUACCGUCGAGUUUGGUGGGUUUUCUCUAGAUGAUGGGUGCGCUGGGAUCACGGCUUGGGUUGGUAGGCUUGAAUGGGAUGGUUCC